ACCACAUCAACACACUGCGGCAGAGUAGUAAUGUAAACAACAAAAUGUUUUCAAUAUUUGAAAUCGAUUUUUGUGUGUAAAAUGGCCCCAGAUUCAAUUGGAAAGUAAACGAAAUUACCGACACAACAACAUCGAAAUGCUGCCCCAAUACGAGAGAUUAGAUUCGAACCAAAUUAUAUUCCGAAUCCGAUUCGGUAUUUACUGUCUAGCCAUCUGUACGAUACCGUUCUUCAGUUUCGUAUUCUGUGUGGGCUAUUCGCUGUGGAGUUACUUCGAACGUGCCACGGCGACCCAUUGCGGUGUUCGCAAUUAUCUUCCAUCCAUUUCGGCGGCCAUAGGAAACUAUCAGCCGCAAAGGUUCGUCUGGCAGUUAGCGAUCUUACUUCAAGUUAUUCCACGGCUGACCGUCAUUUACCAGUACUACCUACUGUACCAAGUGAUUGUUAGGAAGAAUCGUCGUCCUAUUGCCUACACAGCCUGUAUAUUCAAUGUGGUGGAGAAUUUGGCUCUAGUUGGAUUGAGCCUAUGGACAUCGAUUGAUGAUUACGAGAUUCACAAGACUUGUUUCAUCACCUUCAUUGCAACGUCUGAGUGUUACAUGUGCAUGACGUACUUCUUGAACAAAAACGCUCUCAGAAGCACCGGGAAAUUGUCGCGAGCUCAAGAGACAUCGUUAGCAUUGAAACGAAAUCUCUGUGUCAUCAACGUCGUCAGCUUUUUCUGCGCUGGCUAUUGCUUCGUGAGACAUAAUGAUCGCUGCGAACCGGGUGUGUACACCCUAUUCGCACUGUUCGAGUACAUUGUCGUCCUGACCAAUAUGGGCUUCCACCUGACGUCCGUGUACGAUUUUCGAGACAAGUGGCUUAUAUUUGAUGCAUCGAAGGGAUUCUAUUUCACUUCGACGCAUUCGACUUUGAUUUAGAGAGAUAUCGCAACGAAAAUGCUGUGCAUUUACACCAAAUUAGUGCUGUCCAAGCCGUUAUAAAAAUUAAAUUUUAUUUUUUAUUUACAUGAAAUCAAAUGAGAA